CAGAUUCGGUCGGACGCAACGCAACCGAAGCGGCCGAGCCAGGAAGGCAGCCUGAUCCGACCACCGCGCCGCACCACCGUCCCGCCUCGCCGCGCUGUCCACCAGCCACCGCUAUCCCUCGGGCCUCUAUCGCUCCGCCGCCUGCUGCUACGCCGUCGAACCCCCGCCCCACGAUCCUCCAAGCCCCACUCGUCCCCCCUGGCCUCUGCCGCUGCUGUUCCUGACGUCCCCUGCGGCGGUGACAUGACUCGCUCCCGCGGCGAGGGCAGGGAGGAGGACCGGCCCGUGGCUUGCGAGACGGGGCCGCGGAAGAAGGGCAGGAAGAGGAAGCGGGGGAGCGCCAAGGCUCGGCCGCCUCCGCCUGCCUCGUCCCAGGAGCACCGCGCCACCACCAGCGACGACGACGGGUCGGCUCAGGUCAGGGCUAUGGUGGCCGAGCAGAUGCGGAAUAUCCUUGCCGUCGACGCCGCUAAGAAGAAGAAAGUUGCCGAGCUACUUAAAGGCCUCUCUGGGGAACGUGACCUUUCUGUGGAGGAUACGUUUGGUGACUCCAAUGAUGGCAGCCUUGAGAGUCUUCAGGCUCGUAAAGUUGCAUUGUUGGUCUCAAAGUCAGUCGUCAGCCUGUCUUCUUUUGCAGGUGGAAAGAGGAUCCGUGUAUGUUCGGGAUUUGUGAUGCAUGGAACAGACAAUACUGGUGCAAAUAUGAUUUUAACCUCAGCAACACUUGUUAGAUCUCUGAAUGGAGACAGUAAUGUGAUAUCUGAUGUGACGGUCAAGGUUCUUCUACCUGAUGGGCAUAUAACAGAUGGCCACAUCUUUCUUGUGGAUUUUCACUAUAAUGUAGCUGUCGUCAAAAUUGCAGCUUAUUUAGCGCUCUUAGAAGAAGGCACUACCAACAAUGGAGCCGUGUUAGCACUUGGACGUGCAUAUGAAGGCGGUCUUCUCAUGUGUUCACGUGGUCAAGUUGUAAACAAAAAAAGCAAAUUUGGGUGCGCGGAGCUAUUGGUGUCAAGCUGCAAGGUUUCCAUGGCUGGUUCUGGAGGACCACUUGUCAAUUACAAUGGUCAAGUUCUCGGUAUCAACUUCUACGAAAAGAAUCAAACAUCAUACCUUCCCAUGUUAAUUGUAUCAAGGAUCCUGGAACAACAUCACUGCUUCGGGAAAUUAAUUAGCCCCUGGCUUGGAUUAAGGUACAGCUCUCUUCAUAUGGUUCCACUGGCAGUCUUGGAGCCUAUCUAUCAAAAAUUCCCAGAUGUUGACCAGGGUUUAUAUGUUUCAAAGGUUGUUGAGGGAUCACCUGCUGAUGUUGCUGGGUUAUGUGUCGGUGAUGUUCUUGUAAAAUGCGGUGACAAACUUCUCUCUGGUGUCCCAGAGUUUGGUGCAAUGUUACUGGAUGAUGCGAAAACUCAUUCUGACGCCUUUGGAGGUUGGGCUGGGGACAUGACAAUUGAGGUUGUGAUAAAGCGACAAAGAGAUGGCAGCACGGUGUCAAAAACUAUAGCCGCAGAGAUGCUGAGGGAGGACAACUAUAACAGAUGGCCUGCACCUAUGCCAAGCUACACAAUCCGCCUAAUAAAUGUCACGCCGCAUCGGUAGGUACUCCCUCUGUCUCAAAAUAUAAGACGUUUAGUGUAAAAGAAAACGUCUUAUAUUUUGAGACCCCAAGCCUCGCAUAUGGGUGGACCGAGUCGGGCGAGUAGGCUGGGAGGGAGUACACUUGGUUGAGAGCGGGGACUCCUCGUGGACUCUUGGAAUGGUGUGGCCUCCCUGGGUGCGCUGACGUUGGCAUGUUUUUUGUGUGUGGGAUUGCAUUGUAAUUAGUUGCAGAUCCUGUGUUGAUCCACCAGAUUAAUACCAAGCACGGACUCGCUAUCAACUUCCUUUAUCAUCUUGAAGCAAAGUUCUUAUCC